UGCCUUGGUGAUGAAAAGAGGCAGCUCGCGGAAAUAAAGGCGGAGGGUGGGGACCGCUCACUGUAGAACGGAAACGCCUAAAACAAAAAACAUCCCGCGCGCACUGAGACGAGUUCAGUGCCACCUGUCCAUCUGAAAGUGCCUUCCUUUCGUUUGUGAAGAUGCCUAGAGGAUUUUUAGUCAAGAGAAACCGGAAAGCGACACCCGUGUCGUACCGGAUCCGCGCGGAGCACGAGGAAGAACAGGAGCGCGAGCAGAUACAGCGACCGAGCGAUGCGCCUCAAUCAGCAUCUGCGUCUUUAGCAUUAGUUGCAUCAGCAACGCAGCGGGCGGACAGUCUGAGCCACGCUCCCAAACCGGUGCGUUUCGGAAACCCAGAGACGAUGUGCCAGUCGAUGUACAGCCCCACGCGCCCUGUGAGCCGAGAGCACGAGCGCGUGUCGCUCGAGCGCCGUUUCGACCUCGGCUCGCCCGUCUCGGCGGAGUCUUUCCCGACGCUCAGCGGCUUCGAAGCUCAGCAGCACCUCGCGUGCGCUCCCGUGGACCUAAAGAUCGGCACAAGCGACAGCAACCGGAUCGCGAGCAAACGAGCAGCGCCUGAUCCCGAGCGCAAGAGCAAACCCGCGCCCAAAAAAACCAAAGCGAUCAGGAAGUUGCAGUUCGAGGACGAGGUCACGACCUCACCGGUCCUAGGGCUGAGGAUCAAAGAGGGUCCGGUUGAGCAGAAGCCCAGUGCGCGCUCCGGGUUGGACAAACCGCUUGGCGAGUUCGUGUGCCGCCUGUGUGGGGAGGCAUACGCGGACCCAUUCGCCCUCGCACAGCACAGGUGCUCGCGCAUUGUACGUGUCGAGUACAGGUGCCCCGAAUGCGACAAGGCGUUCAGCUGCCCCGCCAAUCUAGCCUCGCACCGGCGCUGGCACAAACCCAAGCAGCUGACCGCGACUGGCAAUGAUGGCACUGACAAAAAACCCCGUACGCCGGACGACACGAAUAAGGAUGUGCAAGGUGAGCUCGAGCGAGAGCGCGACACGCCCAGUCCCGGAGCCUCCGAGUCGGGUUCAGGCUCGGACUCAGACGGCAUGUAUGAGUGCCAGCGCUGCGCGAGGAAGUUCAAACGGCAGGCUUAUCUGAAGAAACACGUCCUGACACAUCACGGUCCGCUGAGUGCAAGUCGCGAGAGUCACGCGCCGUUACAAGAGAAUGAUGCGAAACGGCUGGAGCAUGCGCAGGUGCCGGUGCAGGCGCCGCUGGACUUGAGCGCGUGUCCCGUGUGCGGGGAGACUUUCCCAAGUCGCGUGGCCCAGGAGAGGCACGUUCGCGUGCAGCACGCGUCUCACGUGUAUCCGUGCAAGCACUGUCCGGCCGCUUUCUACAGCUCCCCAGCGCUCACGCGCCACAUCAACAAGUGCCACCCGUCAGAAAACCGGCAGGUGAUUCUGCUGCAGGUGCCCGUGCGGCCCGCCUGCUGAAGAGCCCGCGUGCCUUUAAACAUUAAUGGGGGGGGGAAGAAAAACUCGGCGGCACGUGCAGGGGAAACGACACAGCUAUAGAGCCUCGCUUUUGAAAUAUACACGAUCGUAGUUUAUCAGAAUGAAGUGCACAGCGAAAAUAUUAGGUGUUCAGUUAACACAGACUGAUGUACAGUGUGGAAUUAACACAUACACAGACACCGAAGACUUUACUUCACACUUCUGUCAGUUAAUCAUCAUGGUCUCGCGCAUGCUUAUUCGUAAGAAAGUAAGUUUUCUUAUGAUUCGUAUUAAAUGCUACGAAAUCGCGCUUACUCGUACGAUUUCUAAUCCACUGUGCAGGAGAACAGGUAUGGGUUAAUGCAGUAGUGUUAGUUAAUACAACACUGUCUCACUUCACUUAGAGUUAAUGAAACACUGCAGGUGGUCGUGAGCUGGGAGAAGGUCGAGACCCUAAACCGUUUUAUAGGCCUAAUUUAACUCAACUAAACGUAUUUAUUUAUUUAUUUGCUUAUUUAUUUAUUUACUCGACUAAUCUUGUACUUAAGACUAUGAAAAUUGAUGCUUUUAUGCUACUAAAAUCAACAAUCAACUAAACAUUAAACAAACAAAGACAUGAAUAUGAGUGCAGUAAAAGAAGUGAAGUAUAUGAAAACUCACAAUAAACAGUAUAAAGAAAAUCAGUUAAAAUGCUCUAGUAUCUAAAUGAAGUGGUGAUUACUAGAUUAGUGUUUUCUGCAGGCUUAUCUCAGGCUUUGGAUUUUUUUUUACUCUUUAGUAUCACUGUAACUUUCAGGUUUGCUUUAUAGUAAAUGCAAAGGAUCGCACCUUGCAAUUCAGAUGUUGUGCGAAGUGAUGACAGAGUCCUCAUUUCAGAUUCCUCAGCACAGAUGGGUCAGACUUAGUCAUAAACCCGGGCUCUGAGACCUCUCCUGACACUCUGCCUCCCUGUCCUCAGAGCCAUCACUGGUCAGUGUUGAUUCAACGCAAUGGUUUUCGCUGUGCACUCUUAGACUGUUAACUUAUUUUUGUAGAAUCUCUGCACACGUUCUUUACUGUGUUAGCUCAUCUAGACCUAAGAAACUGAUAAUCCUGGCUGUGCCGUUACUGAAAAUGCCUUCUAAAUCACAGGAAUGGAAAUCUACCUAUAUGACUUUAGCUUUAAUCUAGCUUGUGGAUCUGUGGACUUUGGACUUUAGCUUUUGUUCUAAGACCUUAAUAAUAAUAAUAUUAAUAAUAAUGAUGAUAAAAGGGUUUUAGCCUUCUAGUGUAGCCAGAAAUGCCUUGAAAUAGUUCACACACAUUCUGCUGUAAAACUGCCUUAAUCGUGUAAAUGUGGGGUGACUGAAAUGUCUUAUUUAUCCUUUAAAUGGUACGCUUCUUAUUUUUAUAUCAUUCCGAUGUGUGUAUACGUUCACACUGGCUUUAUUUAUCUAUGUAUUUAUUUAUUGCAAAUGUUUUAUUUAAAUUAUUUCAAUGUCCGAAUUAGGCUAGACACUUUGAAACGGCCAAAUGUUUAAUUUAAUUGAUUCAAUCUCAAUCAAUGCAACAGUAAGAAGGCAAAAAAAAGUAGCCUAUAGGGGUCGCAAGACUGUUUUUCCCACCAUUGUUAGGUAGCCUUACAAUAAUUAGCCUAUUCCCUAUAGGCCGAUUAGUUUCGGGGAAUCAUUCCGUCAGUGCUUGUGUGUUUCUGCAGUAUUGCUAUGUGUCCAAAUAACGUUAAUGACAAUAAAACAAUCAAAAAAAAAAAAAAAUUAAACAGAAUCCACUCGAGUUGUA